AUCCUUACCGUGGCCCGUGUGCGCGUAUAGAACGUUUCGUGAAGAACGAACGUGUUUGUACGUUGAUAGACGAUCAAUGCGUCAUCCCAGCAAACAGCGUCAGCGUUAUCAGACGACGUACUGUCGCUAAGCAACAACCCAGUAAGCAAUUUCGUUCCCCUAAAAUCAUCCCACCGCCUACUCGGGUAAGGUGCGUGUCCACAGGUACAACGGAAACAUCCGUAACCAGGGUAAGCGAGUGGCAACAACUGCUAUCAAUGCAAUUGGGAAGCUUCGGUGAUGAAGAAAGACCCGUGAAACGCGGGUAAGUUCCAUCAUCCGGUGCAGUCUUAAACCGUUUCUCCCGUACAAAGGAGGUAAUCAGUCAUCGGGGCCGGCGGGCGAUAAGUUUGGCUACCUCUUUCCUUUUUUCCGUUUUUGCGCGCGUAGAUCAUCGCACCCUAUUUGCCCGGGAACUGAUAGCGCUGAAUGGGUGACUAGAAAUUCGGAGGCCCGGCCGUGUCUACAUAUGGUCUGACGCCGCAACUGCGUGGAACGAUCAGUCCGAUUCGGGAAGUGAAACAGUGCGAAAGGGUUUUUGCUCUUCGGUGUGCGUAACCAAGCAAACGUACUCGGGAUCAAAGUGUGCUGGUAUUGUGUAUCGAAACAGUUGGACAGUGUGAAACGUGUGACGAAAGAAUGCUGCGCCAAGUAACCAAAUCGGAUCUGCUGGCCAAGCAGUUUGAUAAACUGCUGCUGGUACCGGUGUUCUCAACCCAAACCAUUGCCGGAUUGCGUCCAAGUUCUUCUGCUGCCCGGCCAAUUCCGUUCCACAAUCGUCAGUUGCUGGCUGACCGCAACAAGUAUGGAUUUGCGAAACUCAACGAAAUGGCACAAAACGGAUACGGACAUGCAGCUACACAGCUGAAGGCACAACCAAAAUCGCAGGCAGUGUUCGAUCGGGAAGAUAAGUUCGGUGCCCACAACUAUCAUCCACUGCCGGUAGCGUUGGCCCGGGGCGAAGGAGUGUACGUUUGGGAUGUGGAAGGCAAACGAUACUACGACUUUCUAAGCGCUUAUUCGGCCGUAAACCAGGGCCAUUGCCAUCCAAGGAUCGUAAAGGCACUGACGGAACAGGCGCAAGUGUUGACCCUAACUUCGAGAGCUUUCUACUCGAACGUGCUCGGUGAGUACGAAGAAUUUGUAACGAACCUGUUCGGGUACGAUAAGGUACUGCCGAUGAAUACCGGUGUGGAGGGCGGUGAGACGGCCUGCAAGUUGGCCCGCAAGUGGGGCUACAAGGUGAAGCAGAUUCCCGAGAACAAGGCAAAGAUCAUAUUCGCCGAGGGAAACUUCUGGGGCCGCACGCUGGCUGCCGUAUCCUCGUCGAACGAUCCGAGCAGCUACGCCGGAUUUGGUCCGUUUAUGCCGGGCUUUGAGCUGGUGCCGUACAACGAUACAGCGGCCCUUGAGAAAGCCCUGCAGGAUCCGCACGUGUGUGCGUUCAUGGUGGAACCGAUCCAAGGUGAAGCGGGUGUGGUCGUACCAGAUGAUGGUUACUUGCGGAAAGUGCGUGAACUUUGCACCAAGCACAACGUGUUGUUUAUUGCGGAUGAAGUGCAGACGGGUUUAGCCCGUACCGGUCGUAUGCUGGCCGUCGAUUAUGAAGACGUUAAGCCGGAUAUUCUCAUUCUUGGUAAAGCUCUCUCGGGCGGUGUGUAUCCGGUGUCGGCCGUCCUUGCCGAUGAUCCCGUAAUGCUUUGCAUUCAACCCGGCGAGCAUGGUUCUACGUACGGUGGCAAUCCGCUCGGUUGUAAGGUAGCGAUCGCGGCACUACAGGUACUGGUGGAGGAAAAACUGUCCGAAAAUGCCGACCGUAUGGGGGAGCUUUUGCGCAGGUCGUUACGCGAACUGCCCACCGAUGUCGUGUCGAUCGUGCGUGGGAAAGGGCUGCUGAAUGCGAUCGUAAUUAAUCCGAACUUUGACGCAUGGGAAGUUUGCGUGCGCUUGAAGGAAAAUGGACUGAUCGCUAAACCUACGCACGGGGAUAUUAUACGCUUUGCGCCACCACUAACCAUCAACGAGCAGCAACUGGAGGAGUGUUUGCACAUUAUCAAAACGACGAUUAUGUCGUUUGUGAAAAACUAGGCAGUUUGUGAGAAAAUGCAGCAAAUGAACAGCGAGAUACAGUUGAGCUUCAUUGAUAAUGCUAAUGUUUAGUAAUGUGCGUCAGCGGAAGUUAAAAACGUAUGAUAUUGUAUAGUCCGUAAGUUCGUACCAUAAUACAGCUAAGUGUAAUAAAAUUUUAAAAUUGGUUAUUAAUUAUGAAAAUAAAAAUUAAUACUCCUUAGUUAAAACAUA